GGACCAGUGCCACGUCGGCGCUGAGCGCGGCGGCGUGAAGCAUGUUUCUCCCCAGGCGGUCGUGCGUGGCGCCCGGAGAGAUGUCCGCGUCGUACCGCUCCAGGAGCUUGACGACGUCGAGCGCCCCGCCCCGGCGCGUGCACGCGCCCCGUUGCCGAUAUUCAUUGGCAGGUAGCACAAGCAACGUCGCUCCAGAACGUGAAGAUCAUCAUGCCCACGGUCCCGGGGAACAACCAACAGGGAAUCUUUAUGGAAAACGGCAGCGGCGGUUGGAUGAGCGAUCUGGAGUUCACAGGCGGCGCCAUCGGUGCAUAUGUCGAGAAACAGCAGUUCACCGUCCGCAACCUCAAGUUUUCGAACCCGCAGAAGUUUGCCGUCCACAUCCAUUGGGACUGGGGCUGGGCUUGGAAGGAUCUUGAUAUAUCCGGCGCCCCGGUUGCAGUCUUGCAAGCUAGUGCGGCCAUCACCAUGAGCCUCUUCAACAUCAAGACGACCAACGUGCUCAAUGUCGUCAAGUACGAUGAAGGCGCAACGCUCCUAGCCGGCUCGGCCGGCACUACCGACGUCACUGCUUGGGGCGUAGGCAAGCGCUACCACACUACCACCGGCGAUGCUUCUAGAGCCUUGCAGGACGGUGCAGCCUACCCCCGCGUCCCAAAAAUCAUGGGCUCUCUACUAAAGAGCCCCGGGGAUCAGGCGUCAGGCAUCUUCGAGAGGUCCAAGCCCCAGUACGACGACCUUCAGUACGCGGACUUUAUCAACAUCCUGUACGCCCCGUACAGCGCGCGAGGCGACGGUUCGACCGGCAGCACGGCUGCUCUAAACCGUGCCUUCGCUGUGGCCGCCGCAUCUAAUAAGGUCCUGUGGAUCCCAGCGGGUAGCUAUAUCGUUACCGGUACCGUUGGCCUGCUGUUUACGGUCCGUAGCGCGACCGCAGGCGCUGUACUUCUCGAGUGGAACAUCCACGAGUCGUUCCCCGGAUCGGCUGCCCUGUGGGACAUGCACAUCCGCGUGGGCGGCGCCAAGAGCUCGGAGCUGCAGGCCAGCGACUGCCCCAAGCUGACAGGGGCUGUCAACCCCAAGUGGGUUGCGGACCACGAUCUCGAGAUCGUGGCCCAGACCCGGAUGGACAUUUAUGUCGCGAGGGGUGUCCUGAUCGAGAGCACGGGGCCUGUCUGGCUUUACGGCACCGCUAGCGAGCACUGCGUCUUAUACCAAUACCAGCUGUUGGAUGCCGCUAACGUGUUUAUGGGCAUGGUCUGA